UUUCCUUACGGACUUCAAAAAAUGUAACACGCUACUACACUAAAGUAAACGAAAAGAGAAGGAAGUUUAAUAUUUUCAGCGCUUGAAAGUUAUGGCAUGAUAACGGUUUAUGGAAAAGAAUUGAAGUUAAUUGAAGUUGAUUUAAUUUAGCUCUACGCAGACAUGCAUGAGGAAGGUGUUUGUGCAGAAUACACAGCUAUCACUCCACUAAGAGAGGAGUGUGUUUACACGAGCUGUUACUGUGAAGAGAACGUGUGGAAAUUGUGUGAAUGUAUCCAGGCUCAGGCGGUGUGUCCAUUGGACGAAGUGCAUGUAGUCUUCAUAUCGAAUGAAAAAAAAACGAUCCCUAUUUGGAAACAGAAAUCCAGCAGAGGGGGUGAACCUGUGAUAUGGGAUUACCAUGUUGUGUUACUGCACUUGAACCCACAAGCACAGAGUUUUGUGUAUGAUCUGGACACCACUCUUCCCUUCCCGUGUCCUUUUGACGUGUAUUCAAGGGAAGCAUUUCGAUCUGAUGAGCUGCUGAAACAGAAAUUUCGAAGGAAAAUGCGAGUCAUUCCGGCUGUCACCUACUUAAAGAAGUUUGCUUCAGAUAGAUCUCACAUGAUGCAUCCUAACGGGACAUGGCGUAUGCCCCCACCACCAUAUCCUUGCAUAGAAACUACAGAAUCCAAAAUGAACCUGGAUGACUUUAUCAGCAUGGACCCGAAUGUGGGCUUAGGAAAAGUUUAUAAACUUCCUGAAUUUGUGCAACACUUUGGAGCUAAGUGAUGAAUUUUGGAAGCAGCAAAUAAACUGCAUCAAAGUCAUGCUGAAAUGUAGAAGACAAGUUGCGAUUGUCGACGUUUGGUAUAAUAAUGAACCAACCAAAUCAGUGACUGAUGCAUGAACACGACUGAUUCAGCCUCUACAGUGUCUCAAAGCCUAAAGCUCACAGCACAGUGUGAAUAAGUUGUUUAUUGUAUGCAAAUUGUUUCAUUAAAUUAAAGAAGAAAAACCCUGAAGCCACUGGAGACUUUUGCUUUAUUUUCAGAUUGUAAAAAUUGUUCUUGUAUUGUAAUUUUUCCUGUAAUCAUUAAUACUGAUUUAUAUUUAUAAUUUUGAGUAAAAUUGCUCUUUAUUUUUAAGUUGUGUAUGAGUGUGUUGCUUUGAAAAAGCACUCUAAUGUUAAACAAUCUACUGUAGCAUGGCCUAUUGGUGAAUAACUUGCUGUAUGCAGAUGUUUUUGUUAUUGUUAGCCAUUAUAGAGCCAUUUAUCUUCACAAUUGCUGUAAUUGUUUUGCAAAUGUGUUUUUGCUUCUUUAAGUAAAGCAGCAAAACAGAGUGAGUCAUAACAUUUAUUGAUAGUCUGUGUUCUUGUACAAAGAAGAGGAGUAGAUAUACAAGUAAUAAAAAUGCUGUUAUUCAGAAUUAUAGAGGUUUUUUGAACAGUGAAAAAAAAAACAAGCACACUUGUAUAGCUGCAGUUUUUUUUA